AUGGUGUUUCUCUCUGGGAAUGCCUCCGACAGUUCCAACUGCACCCAUCCGCAGGCACCAGUGAACAUAUCCAAGGCCAUUCUGCUCGGGGUGAUCUUGGGGGGCCUCAUCAUUUUCGGUGUGCUGGGCAACAUCCUAGUGAUCCUCUCCGUGGCCUGCCACCGGCAUCUGCACUCGGUCACUCACUACUACAUCGUCAACCUGGCGGUGGCCGACCUCCUCCUCACCUCCACGGUGUUGCCCUUCUCUGCCAUCUUUGAGAUCCUGGGCUACUGGGCCUUUGGCAGGGUUUUCUGCAAUAUCUGGGCGGCGGUGGACGUCCUGUGCUGCACCGCGUCCAUCAUGGGACUCUGCAUCAUCUCCAUCGACCGCUACAUCGGUGUGAGCUACCCGCUGCGCUACCCCACCAUCGUCACCCAGAAGAGGGGUCUCAUGGCCCUGCUCUGUGUCUGGGCGCUCUCCCUCGUCAUCUCCAUCGGGCCUCUGUUUGGCUGGAGGCAGCCGGCCCCUGAAGACGAGACCAUCUGCCAGAUCACCGAGGAGCCGGGCUACGUGCUCUUCUCGGCCCUGGGCUCCUUCUACGUGCCACUGACCAUCAUCCUGGUCAUGUACUGCCGGGUCUACGUGGUGGCCAAGAGGGAAAGCCGGGGCCUCAAGUCCGGCCUCAAGACUGACAAGUCGGACUCGGAGCAGGUGACGCUCCGCAUCCAUCGGAAAAAUGCCCCGGUAGGAGGCAGCGGGGUGUCCAGCGCCAAGAACAAGACGCACUUCUCCGUGAGGCUCCUCAAGUUUUCCCGGGAGAAGAAAGCGGCCAAAACACUGGGCAUCGUGGUCGGCUGCUUCGUCCUCUGCUGGCUGCCUUUUUUCCUAGUGAUGCCCAUUGGGUCUUUCUUCCCUGAUUUCAAGCCCUCAGAAACAGUUUUUAAAAUAGCGUUUUGGCUCGGAUACCUAAACAGCUGCAUCAACCCUAUUAUAUACCCAUGCUCCAGUCAAGAGUUUAAAAAGGCCUUUCAGAACGUCUUGAGAAUCCAGUGUCUCCGCAGAAAGCAAUCUUCCAAACACGCCCUGAGCUAUACCCUGCACCCACCCAGCCAUGCCCUGGAGGGCCAACACAAGGACCUGGUGCGCAUUCCAGUGGGAUCGGGAGAGACCUUCUAUAAGAUCUCCAAGACGGAUGGGGUCUGUGAGUGGAAAUUUUUCUCUUCGAUGCCCCGUGAAUCUGCCAGGAUUACAGUGUCCAAAGACCAAUCAGCCUGCACCACAGCCCGGGUGAGAAGUAAAAGCUUUUUGCAGGUGUGCUGCUGUAUGGGGCCCUCGACCCCCAGCCAUGGAGAGAACCACCAAGUUCCAACCAUUAAGAUCCACACCAUCUCCCUCAGUGAAAAUGGGGAGGAAGUCUAGAGGACAGGAAAGGACUUUUAACCAUGAAACUGCCUGCACACAGCUCCGGUCCAGCCCGAUUGGAACACACUGUUGGCACCUGCUCCUUGUCUACGUGCUGUGCUGGGGAGCAGGGCUGAGCCCAGGCUGCUGUAGGGUCCACCGUCUUCAAAAGGCAAUGACAACAGUGGCCUCCUGGCCCUCCAAAGUCCCCGCAAGACGAAUGAGUGGAGAUGACUUUGGGGGCUGGGCUGGCAAAAAGCAAAUUGGGAUUUCGGCAGAGGACACCCAGCCCCUUGCCGUUGCCCCCAUCUGCCUUGCUUCCCUCAUGCCUCGCAAGACCCAGAUGUCAUGGGGGCUGAGGGUGGAACCCAUCUGCCCUGUGCAGGAAAAUGUCAUUUCUUCUUUGCUGCGGCAAUAUGGAUUCCGGAGUCUCCCGCCUAAAAGGAAAGCUAUGGCGGUGGGCAGGGGGCAGUGUUGAGAAGGAAGGGAAGACCUACCCCGGGGCAUCGCUCAAAGCGGGAUGCAUGGUUUAGUAAUAUUUGCUACAACUGAUAAGCAAGGAACUGCCCUGAAGCUGGUUGCUUCUCUGUUUCCCAAAACAAAAUGAUUAUCUUUCCUUUCCGUGUCGCUCAGUCAUUAAUUACAUCACUGUCCCUUGAUAUCAUAGUCAACGUAGCCACCUCAUAAGCUGGAAGUGCUUAGUGUUAAACUAUGAGAAGUAGAGACUUGAUCAGGUAAGAAGAAAUCUAAGAGCAAAUCCAUACUGUGUUUGUAGGAAAAAAAUAAUGAAGGCACCGACCUGUUAAAAAGCCCAGGUACAGUAGGUGCAUUCGGAUGCAACAGAAAAGAAGCUAAAACAGAAAGUCCCAGUGUGAGCUUAGUAUUUCCUUCCGUUGAUGUAACGCUUUGUACUUGUCCAGGUCAUUUCGCCUAUCUCGGGUCAUUCCUGUGAAGGACAGAGAGAAGGAAGGGUGUAUUAUCUCUACUGAACACAUGGAGAAACUAGGGGACAUAGAGAUUUAAGGAUGCUUUGAAUAGCCCCAUAUCCAACCUCUGACUCCUCUUUUCGUGAUGCCCUCAGUAUCCCCAAGGUCCACUGUGUUUCUUGGGACCGUGAAUUUCAUAUGUCACUCAUUUGUCUCUGAUCCACAUUUUCAGUUCCAUUGUCACCUUCUCUGCUAUUACAUCCUUGCCAGAGGCAGGCCAGUGCAAGAUUGUCCUAGGGGUUCAGUGCACAUUUGUCUCUGUUUUCCUUAUUGGCGAAAGGACAAGCAAAUGUGAUUCUGUUCUGUCUCCCUAGAUAGGCAGGACCAGAGCCAAGGAAGUAAGCAGGGCAGGGGGCUCUUGGCUUCCUCAAUAGGGUGACACUGUAAGGCAAAGCCAGCAGUGAUUAACAACCUAAGGGCCUCAGGAAUGCAAAGAUGGAAAAGGGACUUUCUGGAAGGCUCAGGUGAGCCUGAGGGUGGUUGUUACAGUACCGUUUUGUCAUUGUCGGCAAACUGCCCUCUUCCUCUCCUGCACCGGGCACUGCAUUUGGCACAAAAAAAAUACUUAAGAGGCACAGACAGUCCCCAGCUGGGUGUGUUCCAAGUUCAUCUGUUGCAAAGUCAAGAAUGCGUGUUGCCAAGUAGCAUUGUUAUAGAUGGGGGAGGGGAGGGGUGUUCCCAAACCAACUAAAAAAUAAAAAAUCUGUUUAAUGUAUACAUGGGGCUGGCAAACUUUUCCUGUAAAUGGCUAGAUAGUAAAUAUUGGAGGCAUUGUGGGCCAUAUGGUCUCUGUCACACAUCUUUUUUUUUUUUUUUGCCUUUUUUUUUUUUUUGGACGAUCCUCUAAGAACAUAGAAUCCAUCCUUAGUUCAUAGGUCAUUGCAUAAAAAACAGGCCAUGGGCCAGAUACAGCCCAUGGGCUCUACUUUGCCGUCCUUGAUCUAUGGCAUCUCUAGCUUAUGGUAUAGGAAUACUAAUACUAAUCUCAAGCAAUGGAUUUUAGUGUCUAGCUUACAAGCAUCUUUUUUAAAAAAAAUAUGCCAUUGAUACAUCUCCGAUUGACUACAGUAGUAUUUUCAACCUUCAUGAUUUGUUGGAGGGUGCCAAGUUCAUACGUGGCGGGGGGGUGGGGGGGGCGGCUUGCUCCACGUAACCCACUCACCCAAAAGACGUAUUUUAGUUCAUCACUGCAAUUUGCUAUCCGGGCACGAGGACAAGAGGGAGGCACCAACCACCCCUUCCCACUUUCGGGUUCUAUAGAACAAGCAGGCUGCAGAAGCUCCGGGAGUCUACGGGGAGGUUGGGGCAGGGGCGGGGGUCUUUCAGCUUCUCACACCACUGGCAAAAUCUCCCAGCACAAUCCAUCUGACUCCGCAACAAUCAGUGAGUGCCAUUUGACCAUGACCAGUGUGAAAUCCCUCCAAGAGCACUGGAGCCUGCUGAAGUGGGGGUCCCUAGAGGCUUUGGGGGCCUCACUUGGCUCUUGGGAAGGCCUUCAGAUCAUAGCACCCUGCACCAGGAAAUUCGAGGGUCCACCCUGGGGAUCCCCAAGAAGGAGGGUACAGAAAGAGGUGCAGGAGGGAAAGGAUAUCUUCCAAAGACAAAUACUAGCUUCUAGCAGGACUUCUCCCUCUCUUCCUCAUCCUUUUCCUUCUUCUUUCCCUGUUUUUCAUUUUUGGUUACGUCUGACAUGACCUAACUAAACUCGAAAUGGCAUUGCUGUGGGGAAACGCUUAACCCUCCCCUGUGAUGACAAAGCCAUGUUUCUCGAAGUUAGCAUGCUAUCGGAGGGACUUCCUUCCCCGUCCCCUCUCUGGUCCUGCUGGGCAGUGAAGGGGAAGAAUAUGUUGUCAGUUGGACACAAGGGGUGCAAUUCUGGUGGCCUAGGAUAACGUCCACAGUGUUGAGAGAUGAGACUCUGCAGCAGGGCCAGGGGGUAAGGCAUGGAAUGGGAGUGGGUGCAGAACUGGUAAGGAAGGACCUGGAGAUAUCAAUAAUUAUAUCAGUAAUAUAUAUAAUAAUGUAGCAAUACCAAAAAUAUCAGUGCUAACACCAGUGCCUAUGUUGGGCACAGCAAGGAAGGCUUGGGCACACACUACGUGGCCACUUCCCUUCCCUCUCCAUCCCCUUCCAUCUUGGUCCUUUCCCUCUCUCCUUUCCAGUCUCCCUUCCAUAUCCCUGCCUCUCUCUCUACAUCAUUCCACCCUCUACUAUUUUUUAAACUUAUGAGCAAUGAAUGCUGGGGUAGGCACCCUUGUCCCAGAAGGUGCCUGUUCCCCUGGGAUACAGUGCUCCGUGCAGAGUUCUUCUGGGUGACAAGGGGGGGUUUCCCUCACUUCUCCCAUCCCCUCCCCUAGUCAAGCCUGACACUGCAAGCUCGGAUCCACGGAGCCUCCAGGGAGCCCCAGGCAGAAGAUGGGUCCACAGAGUGAGGUACACUUCCGGCCCCUCCCCCAGGACUUGAACAUGUGCCCCUUUGCGGUCUUUCUGUUCUUGUACUGUUAGUUCCAAAUGAAGGGUGCAAACACAAAGUGCUGGGGCUCAGGAGUGGUUUCUGGGUUAUUUCUCUCCCUAUCCACAGGUAAGCAUCUCUUUUAUCAGUGCCACCUCUCACUCUGACGUUUCAAAAGUCUUUACCGAGCCCUACAAUGUCACCUUCUCUUCCUCUUCUGCAUUGUUUGUCUCUUGCCUCUGUGUGCCUUUACUUUUCACUUCUCCUCUUAGCCCUUAGGGCCUUCGAGACCAUAAUUAAUCCCAAAGUAAACUUGGUUUCAUGUCAGCAUUAAGCAAUGAUUGUUCCCUCAGAAGGUACACCCUAGGCAAAACUCAACUGGGGGAAAGGUGCUCCUUCUCAUGUGGUGCUCCCACCCCUGACCUGGUCCCCACCAGCCCCUCCUCUCCUAGAACUUACCCAUGGAUUCCUUCUAUUCUUUCAUCAUAACUUUGGGCCAGGAAACAUUCUUCUUUACGCAGAGGGUGCUCUCCUACCCAGUGUGCUCCUGCUUCUGCUGACGCAGCUCCGUGCGUUUGUAAUCCCCCUGUAGUAGUCUGCUGGGGCUGCCAUAGCAAAGUACCACUGACAGAGGGGCUUCAACACCAGACAUUGAUUCUCUCGCAGUUCUGGAGGCUGGAUGUCUGAGGUCAAGGUUCUGCAGGCUUCUUUCUUCUGUAGCCUCCUUCCUUGGCUUGCAGAUGGCCGCCUUCCCCCAGCAUCUACACAUCACCUUCCCUCUGUGUGUCUGUGUCCUAAUCUCCCCUUUUUCUCAGGACACAGUCAUAUUGGAUCAGAGCCCACCCCAAUGACCUCAUUUAACCUAAACUGCCUCUUUAAAGAUCCUUUUUCCAAACACAGCUAUAUUCUGAAGUCUUGGGGAUUAGGGCUUCAACAGACGAAAUGGGGGGGAGGAGGGGAGAGUAGGGGAAUUUAGCUCCUAACACUUUCCUCCCCACUCUGUCCUUUCUGCCCAUGAAAACUUAUCCAGAUUUUUUUCUUCAAAUCAAAAGUUCGAAUUCAGCCCUUCCUGACCAUCCUCUCCAAAUUCUCUCUAGAUUGGGCCUGACAACCCAUUGUGCACUUUAUUUUUUCAUCCUUCUGUUGCUUUUUAAAAAAUCUAUCUAUGUAUUUUUUUCACUUUAAAAUGUACUUUACACUGUCCCUCUACAGGUUCUGUCUUUAUUUUUAAUUUUUUUUCAACGUUUUUUUAUUUAUUUUGGGACAGAGAGAGACAGAGCAUGAACGGGGGAGGGGCAGAGAGAGAGGGAGACACAGAAUCGGAAACAGGCUCCAGGCUCCGAGCCAUCAGCCCAGAGCCCGAUGCGGGGCUCGAACUCACGGACCGCGAGAUCGUGACCUGGCUGAAGUCGGACGCUUAACCGACUGUGCCACCCAGGCGCCCCAUACAGGUUCUGUCUUUAGAUGAAACCUCCUGGAGAGCAGGAGCUGUCGUGUGUCUUUGGAUGCCCAGAGCAGUGCACAGCCCCUAGGGGAUCCUAUCUAAGGAGCAGGGCCCCUCCUGAGCAAGCAAGCAGACAGGGGAUGAAGAGGGACAUGGGACCAAAGCCAAGCGCUGGUUAUAGGAAGGGGCUGGAAGAUCAAGUCCAGGGCCUUGGAAAUGCCAGAUGAUGCACCAGAACAGCUCAGGUAAUAGUUACUGGGCUUCUGAAAAGUUACAGUGAGAUUCUAAUCAGGGGUGCCGAGCACAGCAGUGAGGAAGUCCAGGUUAGCUGCCAUCUUGAGUCAGGCAGGCAUAGGAUCCCCUGGGAGGCAUCUGCAUGCAGGAAAGCAGACCACCACCAAGGAAGGGGACAGAACCUAGACCCUGAGAGCAAAGUGAGACAGAGAUAAAUGGGGUGAACAACCAACAGCAGAACCCAGUCCCAGGAAAUGGGUCACUGAGGAGCAGACUGAGGGAAAGAUCACCACGGGGUCCCAAUCCCAGCGAUGGGUGAGUUCAUGCUAUGUUUCAACGUCUGCUCUGCACCAGGAGCCGCUUGAAAAAUGAACGCCAAUGAGCCUUUGGGUAGCUUUUCCUCCACCGUCUCCCAGCCUAGAAAGAGUAGAGGAAAGGAAGCUACACUGACUUGGCUGGAUGUGUGGAUGUAGAUGGUCAUUCCCUGCUAAAAGGCAUCUUAAUUCUGACCUUCUGAAGACCACCUCCCACUAUUCCUGUCCCCGGCCCUCAGGGAUACAGUAUACAGUCAUUGCUGCUCCUGCCUCUUGGGGAAUGCUGCCCACCCUGUGUGGUUUCAGACUAUCUCGGCCUGGUCACCUUGCUUCUGUUGGGAAAUUCAGUCCCAUUUCUGUUUUAUCCAUCCCCCUAAGCCUUUUAUUGUAGACGAAUUGUUCGCCCGCAAGGUGCUUCUCUGACAGCCACGGGGUGAUGUCUUCUCUUCCGCCUGGUUCCUGCUGGGAAGCCAAGAGCAUUUAUCCUCACUUGGAAGGACUGGGACUGCUCUAACUGCAUAGCAUCUACUGUUGUGCUUUCUGGGCAAGGAACUUGGGUUUCCCAUCCCCCUGCCCCCUCCCUGGGGCACAUCUCUUACUGGAAGGGUUUCUGGCCCCACAGUAUCUAUCACAAUGGAGCAGCCUUGUUGGCUAAGAGUUUGUGCUUCAGAACAACUUCAAUCCAAUCUAGAAAUUACAGGAGGAAAAAAAAUCACAUGAAAAGCCGGGGCCUACCAAAUUAUUAAGUGUGUUUAAGGCCAAACCAUCCCAAAACAUUGGGAUAUAUUGAUUGAGUAUAGCAAUGGCUUAUUGAUUUUUCUACUAAAACACAACCACAACAGAAAAGACGACAACAAGAAACUUGUCUUUCUUCCCCAGUCUGGUCCUCAUUCCUUUUGCUAAACUCAGCCUUAUCUUCAUAAUGAAAAGGUUUCAGCUUUGCAGCUUGGCUAAUUGAAGUCUCAGUGGUUGGGAGGCCCUUGGCUCAUUAAUCAAAAGCUGAGCACGAAUGCUUUGCAGUCCACAGCACCUCCCCCACCCAGCCCCUGUGCCCUAGCAGAGGUGACAGUCCUUGCAAAGAGCAGAGAAAGAGGGAGCAUCGACGGAUAGGUAGCUUUAAUCAAAAAUAAGGCUGCCCAAAUGCAACCUGACGAGAAGGCUACUCAAGUAAGAUGAUGAACUAUUUGUAAGAACAAAACAAGCAAGUAUUCCAAAUGUUCGAGUAACAGCUCAUUGUUAGUUGUCUCCGUACUUUCUUAAGAGAGGCACACGUUGGCUAGAGACUAACUGGAUUAAAAAGGGGGGGUCCCACGCUUGCUUUUGUCCCCACCUCCAGCAGCUCCCCCGACCCUCGGCCUUCACCAUUGUGAACAUCGUGUCCGAUGCCGAUACCGCAACCGCAACCCGUGGUCACUGGCAUUCUGCAACAGCAAUUCUUGCCUCGGCUUUUACAGCCUGAAUCACAACACAUGCUUUCUUCAUCAGAUGUGGAGGGAAGAAAAUAGCUCCUUUUGUCUCUGGGGUAUAACAAGUCCCAGGCAGCCCACUUUCCAGUAAUACCGCACCUACUUAACCCAAUAUUGCAGACAACGAAAUGAGCGUGCUCCAUACGGGGCACUGUGAUAAAGUAUGCGGAGAGUAAGUAGGAGAAAUUACACUUAGAGCAUCUACGCUGUGCCAAGUCCCUCGCGCAUUCGGAUAUGGUGAAAUGUAAGAUUUUUCAGUCACUUUACAAAAGAAAUGUUUCGCAAGAGAACCGAGAAGAGCCGUGGCCUGGGAGCCACGAGGCCGGGGCUUAAUUUCAGGCCCCCAUCUCUGUACCCACCUAAGUGAUCCCGGACAAGUCAUUUGACUUCCCUUGACUGCGUUUUCUCACCUGGGACAUGGGGCAGGCAAACGAACUAGCACACGUGAAAAUGUCUCAUGGGCUGAUAAACCGUAUGAAAUCAUCCCGGGCACCCAACAAACGCUGGCAGGGUACCCUUUCCCUGUCUUCAUUUCCCCUCCCAAACACUAUAUAAAUAGAACAUUAUUAUAAGUUACAUCACCUUUAAGGUGUCUUAAAGCACCGAGAGCUCCCCAUGCAAGAAACAAUGGGGUAAAUCUCUCACUUUCCUUUGCUUUCUACCUGGGUUCAGACUGAUCUGUGUCCAGACGUGGGUCUUCACUAGUUCAAGACACUGCGCUGUCAUUCGAAAGUCGCAAGAGGUGUUGUACCAUUGCCUGGGUGCUAUCAUUCCUAAAUUUAGAAUGCGGGCACCUAAUCCCAAGUUUCAGUUAUGUACACCCCGCCCCCCCCCCCACCAUCUACCACAACUAUGCUAUUUUCUUGGGGUUGGAAAUUUCCCUACCAGAGCAUUUUGUUUUAAUUUUUAAAAAAUCAGACCCACUGUACUAGUUUACAGCUUUCCACCAAGUUCUCAGAUUAUAGACAGCCUAGAACGAGAGUCCCCAGUGAUGGUGAUUGCAAUCUUUCUCAAAUUAACUGCUUACUUGGCAAUAGGAGGCAUUGUGUUACCAUGGUCUGAAAGACACUACAUAGCAUGCAGUCCUUAUAUAAAAGGUGUGUGUGUGUAAUUACAUAAAUGAUGUUAUAAGAAAGAGAAGUAAUGUUGACCCCUGGAAAACAGUAGAACAUUUGAAGCACAGUUUGGGAUUAAAACCAUCUAAAGAAAUAGGGCACCAGCAGGCCUGGGUGACUAUCAGGAGUUUAUGCAAGACAAAAUAGCAAAUUCCCAGGCAUGCCCCCCAAGGCAGUUUUGAUUUCAGCCAGACUUGAAACCCACAUCACGGGAACACCAAGUCAAUCUCAGCUCUAAUUUCAAGUUGCCAGUGAGCGCCUUGGCACUUCUUGUGGACCCCCUUAAAUGAUUUCUGGGACCCUUCCGGGCAGGUGGCUCCACAGGAAAAUCCAUACCGCAAGCUUCGCCCAUCGUGGCUCAGUCUGUGUCGGGCAGGCAGCCAUCUUGAGAAGCUGUGUUUGACAGGGACCUGCUGCCAUCUCCGGGCCAAAUGGUCUCUUGUGACUCGGAAUCUCAAACUUGCUUUAAACGGAGGGGGAAAAGUCACUUUCGGGGAUGAAGUUCUUGGCACACUCUGCUUUGUGUAAACACAGUCUAUGGCUAUUUCGGUCUUCUGGGUUUUGAGAAGCCGGGCUAUGGCAAGGGUGAAAGGGUUGGUGCUGGCCCAAAUUACAAAGAAGAGUUUUUUCAUUCUUUCAGUGCUAGGGGAAGGAAAACUGAGAACAUCGUCUCAUAGGGAGCAGAAUGGGACUGGGUUGGCCAACAGGGAAAUAAAUGUGGGCCUCAGUUUACAAAGAACCAGCUCUACCAAAGUUUGAACUUUUGAAAAUGGAUACAUUGGGUUUGUAGUAAGAAUUCUUACUCUACAGAAUUUUGGUCGUGUUGACUUUCGAAAAUGGAUACCUUGGGUUCGUAGUAAGAAUUCUUACCCUCUACAGUUUUGGUCAUGUUUAUGCAUGAUGCUUAGUAUAUUGAAAGUAUUAAUGUAAGUCAUUAAAGGUCAAUGUGCCUUUUUUUUUUUUUUUUUUUGAGGAGGCAUACAUCCGUCACAUGAAGCCAGCUUCAUGUCCGUGAGUGCUGUCCUCAUGGCCAAAUGAAGGGGGUGCCAGCCCACCCCCCGCUUCCUGCUACCCACUGUCUUUUGAAUCCACCUCAGAAAUCUGUAAGUCUUACCUGCCACAUGGAUUUACUUCUUUGUUGAACAUUCACUUGACGAAGACAAAAGUCUAACCUAUUACUCUUGUCAUUACUGGGACAAUAGUGACUGAAGGAGAGGCUGUGGACGUAUAAAUAAGAGAGAAAAGCAGGUUUGGGGGAGAAAUAGUGCAGUGUUUUGAGAGUCAGCAUAGUACAACUUCCUCUGUUGCAUUCUUAAGCUCCCUUUGUGUCCCUCGAAUUCUAGCAUGUCUGUAAAAGCACAGGAGGCCAUGCUGCAAAACCAGAUCACCUUUUUCCAAGGGAAGCUGUCAUUGCAUACAGCAGUUCUUUCCCUCCUAUGUCCAUUCUGUAAUAUUCCAUGAGGGCUCCAGGCUCAGCUCCAGACAGUGGAGGAAACAAGGGUGGACACAUGAUCCUCCCUCUCAGGGUGCCUGUGGUCUACGGAGAGGACAGGAAAGUCAACAAUUGUAGUAGAACGUGGUAAGCUCCGUGACACAAGAACUCACUCAAGGCCAGGAGAGUUUAGUGUAAGGCACUAAGGCCACCCUCGGAGUCAGGCUUUUCAAAAAGGGUGGACCUCUCAUUUGGAUCUUGGAGGACAAAAUGGAGUGGGAAACAGAGGGAGUCGUUCCUAGCAAGUAAGGAAUGAACCCGUGCAAAGGCCCAGGGGCUGGUGAACCUCAGGUAUGUGCUGGGGUUGCCUCCCCCUCCAGUCUGUCGGGGCACAUGGAAAUCAGCCUCACAUUUCGUGGUGGCCAGUUGGCUCUGCAAACCCCAUUCCCCAGGUUCCGUGCAGGAAAACCAUGCCCGGUUUUCUUCUUACUCUGUUUAAACCAAGGAUGAACCGAGGAAGAGCCAGUAAAUAAUGAACCAACGGCUUUCCUGUUAGAGCUCCUAUGUUUGGCCUGGCUGAAUAUCGAAAAGCCUUGGUUUCUCAAUUGUCCGAUUCUCUCUGUUUUCAAGACUUAACACAGCAUUACAGUGGGAUGGCUAAACAGAAAAAAAAAGUCUAUUUCUUUCUCGUUGUGCAAAUAAACAUUUGUUGAACCUGAAAUGGUUAAUCAUUAAGAGUAACCAAAUGCUUUGGAAGUCUUUGCAAACAAGUCUUACAUGAUGCAAUUCAGUGGUUUUUUUUAAUUGAAGAAUUGUUUUUAACAAGGAAAUGUUGUACAAUAUUAAAAUAAAGAGUUUUCCCUACCACCACCACCACCACCACCCCCCCCCACACACACACACACACAAUGCAGAAAAUAAAUGGAUCACUACAGACCCACGAGGCUGGCUUUCACAACAUCCAUCAUUGAAGGGUCGGUCUCUUAAGCUGCAUCAGGACGCUGCCAUAGUAGCUAAGGGUACCUGGGAGAUUUUGCACAUCAAAUGCAGCAGAGGUGGUGGGAGAAACUGAAACAAAAAUGAAGACCUUGGAACUGCAUUUCUGCAAUCAAUUAACGACUGGGAAGGACUUGACUUGCUGGGGCUAAAGAAAAUCAUCCUGGAAGUUCAUUUUGUCUGUGAACGCAAAACUGUAUUUUAGUAAAUAAAGCUGAUGCCGUUCAAACACGAACCCCGUGACAUUUCCUGGCUUACGGCAGCUUUUCUGCUUGUCUACUCAUUAGACGUGUUAAAAAUACAAACAUGGCAUUUCCACUUUGCCAGAGCAGCAAAUGUGGGCUGAAUGGCUGAUUUUCGCUGCUACGCUUUUCCUGUAACCCUUACAAUUGUUGCGGUGAAUAAGGCCCCUGUAGGGACAUUUGCCAACUAUGCAGUGAUCGUGGACCAUGCCACCUUCUCCAGGUUUCAGUACUUGGUUGAUUGAGUUGAUAUCACCACCUUUCCCUCCAUGUAACAAACAAAAUUCGUCUGAACCUCGCUGAGAGUUUGAUAUGUGUUCUUUGCUCUAAAAGAGAGAAUUCUCUCCUAAGUCAGAUAAAUACGUUCAUGCGUGUGAAUUGUUAUACUUGAACUUGCUGCUGCAUUCCGUACUAAUGCAUAUAUAUGACACCCAAGCUGACUGUGAUUGCUUCUGAAGCAUCUAAUUCCUUUUAAAUGGAUUCAGUAUCUUUGGAAUGUGCUGUUUAGGUGUUUCUGAAUUUUCUACAUGCCAUUUUUACAGGUUCAUUUGUUUUAUGGUACGAUGUGGUGAACAAUCACAUUGGUUCUUUUUUUUUUUUUUGAAGAAAACAGAUGUACAUAUGACUAGGCAGAUGAAUAAAUUAUUGAAAAAAUAUACUUUAUGAAUCAUACAGCCCACUGUUUAAAAGGAAUUUAUUUCAUUUGUUUAAUAAAGUGGCUGUUCAAGUCAUAAGCAUUUAUAUUGCCCUUCUAAAUAUGGAUGCCAUAAUAUUUAAGUGUCGUUGAAUAUUGAUGUAUGUUCCCUAAUAAAAUAUCUUAAACCUC